AUGUAGCCUCGCUUUCUUAUUUAUCAAUGAGGUGGAUUCUUUUCACCUAUUCACCUCAUUGAUUGAUUCACGCUUGUCUGUUAUCGUUCUGCAAGGGGUCAACUCUCCGUGUUUUGAAAAGAUGUUUGGCUGUGGAAGAAGAGCCAUGUCUCUGCAUGCCAAAGCAUUUUCUAUUCAUGAAACCUCUGGUUUAGUGGUAGCAAAAUCUCUCAGCACAUCAUCCUUUUAUCAUACAAAGAAAUUUGAUGGAGCCCUUCCUCUCUCUGAGAUACCGGGGCCUGUGAGAGUCCCUAUUGUUGGAAAUAUUCUUCAGUUUGAAAAGGCAGGCGGAAUUGGCAAUUUCCAUGAGGCUCUAAAUAUUAUGAGAAAAGAGUAUGGCAAGAUCUUUCAACUCAAGUUUGGUCCUGAGCGUCUUGUAUGCAUUUCUGAUGUAGAUAUGAUUGAGGAUGUGUACAGGAAUGAAGGCAAAUACCCAGGAAGAGAAAAGUCAUUUCCAGCAUGGGACAAGUACCACAAGAAGCACAACCUUCCAAAAGGAGUGUUUUUCGAGGAAGGCGAAGAAUGGCUAAGACACAGAAAUGCAUUGAGCCCUAAGCUCUUAAACAUUAAACAAGUUGAGCAUUAUGCUCCUGAUUUUAAUAAAGUUAUUGAUGGACUCAUGAGAAAGGUGAUGUCAAGUAGAAGCAAAAACAUGGAAGUGGAACAUAUUGAGAAGGAGCUCUUCAAAUGGUCAAUAGAAAGUGUUUGCACUGUGCUUCUGGAAACCCAUCUUGGAUGUUUUUCCUCGCAUCCUGAUCCAAAAUAUGAAGAGUUUAUUGCUGCAGUGAAUAACUUACUUCAACUGAUCUUGGAGUUGAUGUUCAAUUCUCCAGUAGUAGAUAAGAUCAUAGAGACCAAGCCUAUAAAGGAAUUCAAUGCAGCAAUGGAUGUCAUUUACAAAGUCGCAGAAGACGAAAUUGAUGAGAAAUUGAAGAGAUUUAAAGAGCAACAUGGAAAUAAGAUUGAUGACGAGACUCCAAAGGAAUUCAUACCAUAUUUGUACUAUGUUCAGGAAAUGAGUUUGGCUGAUAUAAAGAGUGAUAUAUCCUCACUUAUGAUGGCUGCUGUGGAGACAACAUCAACAUCAAUGCAAGUUCUGUUAUUUAACCUUGCAACUAACCAACAAGCUCAAAGCAAACUGCAUGAGGAGAUUGCAAACUUCAUGGAGCCAGGAGAACCUGCUACAGUUGAAAUGCUCAAACGAAUGCCUUUUCUGAAAGCAGUAAUCAAAGAGUCAAUGAGGCUCCAUCCAGUUGCCCCAUUCAAUGCAAGAUGGUUCAUCGAUGACAAAUGUGUUGCCGGGUACAAUAUUCCUGCCAAGACAUUGAUUAUUUUGAUGCACGAGACACCUUCGCGGGACGAAAACGUCUUUGAAGAUGCCGAAAAAUUCAAACCUGAACGGUGGCUACGCGAUGAAAGAGGUGAACAUAAGAUACACCCUUUCGCCUCGUUGCCAUUUGGAUUUGGAACGAGAAUGUGCCUUGGGAGAAGAUUGGCAGAUUUGCAAAUCCAGCUUCUUACUUCAAGAAUAUUUGGGAAGUAUAUGGUUGAAUGUGAUCACAAAAUGAUGAAGAUGGUCAGCGGUGGAACACUGAACAAGCCCAAUGUGGAUCUAAAAUUCAGAAUUUAUGAGCGAUAACGCGGACAGAUUAGAGCGCUGAAAACGAGGGUUUUGCUUACUUUUUUGCCAUUUUAACUUGCUAGCAUUUUAACAAUGAUGAAUAAUUUUUACAUAUUAUUCAUGUCGAAUUUUGUCUUUCAAUGAAAAAUUUAUGUUUACAACAAA